AAGAAAAUAAUCACGGAAUCCAUGAUUUCCAAUAGGAAAUAGAGAAUUAGAAAGGAAAGGAUAAGAAGUAAUGUUGUUUAGUUUGGGUUGAGCCGAGGAAGACGAUUGCAGUUACAAACAAUGGCAAUGUCAAUGGCCAAUUCCACCUCCAUUUCAGUCACCCUCACCCACCUUCCCAACUGCAAUUUCCGCCACUCUUUCCUUCCCAAUUCCAAUUCUAAACCCAAACCCACUCGCAUUCGAUGUGAAUCCACCAUUUCCCCCGCCAGGCUAUCCACGCAACCCAACCUAGACGGGGCCCUCGCCGACACCGUAGUCGUUGGCGGAGGAAUCAGCGGCCUCUGCAUCGCCCAGGCUCUCGCCACCAAGCACCCCAACGCCGCUCCUAACCUCAUUCUCACGGAGGCCACCGAUCGCGUUGGAGGUAACAUCACCACCAUCCAGAGGGACGGGUAUCUAUGGGAGGAGGGCCCCAAUAGUUUUCAGCCCUCGGAUCCUAUGCUGACCAUGGCGGUGGAUAGUGGGUUGAAGGAGGAGCUGGUUCUGGGGGAUCCUACCGCACCUCGAUUCGUAUUGUGGAAUGGGAAGCUGAGGCCGGUCCCCUCCAGCCCAAAGGAUUUGCCUUUCUUUGACUUGAUGAGCAUUCCGGGAAAGCUCAGGGCUGGCUUUGGAGCCCUUGGCAUUCGUCCUCCUCCUCCAGUACAUGAGGAAUCUGUUGAAGAGUUUGUACGCCGUAAUCUGGGCGAUGAAGUUUUCGAACGCUUGAUAGAGCCCUUUUGUUCAGGUGUUUAUGCUGGUGAUCCUUCCAAAUUAAGCAUGAAAGCAGCAUUUGGCAAAGUUUGGAAGCUAGAGCAAAAUGGAGGUAGUAUCAUAGGUGGAACUUUCAAAGCAAUCCAAGAGAGAAAUAAAGCUCCUAAGCCACCCCGAGACCCGCGUCUACCAAAACCCAAGGGCCAAACAGUUGGAUCUUUCAGGAAGGGACUUGCAAUGUUGCCAAAUGCAAUAGCUUCAAGGUUGGGUAGCAAAGUGAAAUUAUCUUGGAAGCUUUCUAGUGUCAGUAAGUUGGAUAACGGAGGCUACUCUUUGACGUAUGAAACACCAGAAGGAUUGGUUACAUUGCAGGCUAAAAGUGUUAUCUUUACUGUUCCUUCCCAUGUCGCAAGCAGUUUGUUGCGCCCUCUAUCUGAUGUUGCUGCAGAUUCAUUGGCAAAGUUUUAUUAUCCUCCAGUUGCAGCUGUAUCGAUUUCAUAUCCAAAGGAUGCUAUUCGGCCUGAAUGCUUGAUAGAUGGUGAACUCAAGGGUUUUGGUCAAUUGCAUCCUCGCAGCCAAGGGGUUGAAACUUUAGGAACUAUAUACAGUUCGUCUCUCUUUCCUAAUAGGGCACCAAGUGGAAGGAUUCUGCUUCUAAACUACAUAGGAGGUGCCACGAAUACGGGAAUUUUGUCCAAGACGGAGGGUGAACUUGUGAAAUCGGUCGAUAGGGAUUUGAGGAAGAUCCUGAUAAGUCCAAAUGCCCCGGAUCCACUUACUCUCGGCGUGAGAGUAUGGCCACAAGCCAUUCCACAAUUCUUAGUUGGUCAUUUGGAUAUUCUUGAUUCUGCCAAAGGUGCUCUAAGGGAUAAUGGGUUGCAGGGCCUGUUUCUGGCAGGCAACUACGUAUCCGGGGUAGCCUUGGGCCGAUGUGUGGAAGGCGCAUACGAUGUUGCUGCCGAGGUUGCAAGUUUCCUCUUGCAGUACUCAUAUAAGUAGUUUUAGUUCCCAUAUGUGUUCAUUGUCAGUAUUUUUUUUUGGGCAUUCAACUAUCAUUCUUAUUUGUGAUUAGUGGGGUUCUGAUGUUAAUGCCAAUUAUGGCCGUAAUCCCAAUUUUGAGAAUACUAAUUAAUAUCAUGAUUUAGCAUGACAACAAAGAUACGAGGCAGUAGACUAGAUUCAGUAGCUGUCUAUUGUAUGAUAAUGAAUGAAUGAAUGGAAUAAAGAAUGUGAAUUCAGUCA